CCUCCGCCGGAGCCGGUCGCCUGGGCGUCGACGGAGGAGAGCGCGGGUGCGUCGUGCGGCCGUCGCCGCUGCUGGGACGAAGAUGUGCGCGCGAAAUGGGACGACACGCGGGAAAACGGCCUUCUAGUUCGAGGCAUGGCGAUCGCUGGCCGAUCGAGUCGACGACAGCAGAGACCACGUCGCUAGACUUAGGCAAAUGCAGGGUCCCGUCGGCCAGAGGUGCCCGUCAGCCCGGAGGAGGCGGCAGGCCGCCUUCCAGCUGCUGCUGCUGAUGACCGUGGCGACGACGUCCGAGGCGCGCCCGGCAACGGAGCUCUCGGAUGCGGAUGCCCUGGGCUUCUUGGAGCGUUUCGGCUACAUGGGCGACACGAGCCGCAACGCGGUGCUUCCCUCGGACAACCUGCGCACCGAGCAGGGCUUCCGGGCGGCGCUGCGGCGCAUGCAGCGCUUCGCGGGACUGCGGCCCACCGGACAGCUGGACGCCGAGACGAUGGCCAUGAUGAAGAGGCCCCGCUGCGGAGUUCCCGACGUCAUCGGGCACGCCGAGCGCGUCAGGCGCUACGCGCUACAGGGCUCCAAGUGGGACAAGACAGACCUCACGUGGAGCGUGGAGGACUUCCCGCGUCAGGCCGACCGCGGCAUGAUCCGGUCGGCGAUCGGCAAGGCGCUGAAGGUGUGGAGCGACGCGUCCAAGCUUCGCUUCACCGAGAUCGCCGCCGUGUCGAGCCGCCGCCGCAGGCCAGGCGACGACGACGACGGCGGAGCCGACAUCGCGGUGUCGUUCGCGAGGCUCGACCACGGCGAUGGCUACUCGUUCGACGGGCCGGGCACCGUCCUGGCGCACGCCUUCUUUCCCGGAGAAGGCAGGGGCGGGGACGCGCACUUCGACGCCGACGAGAACUGGAUCACCGGCACGCCCAACAGGGAGUCCAAUGAGGUGAGCCUGUUCGCUGUGGCGGCGCACGAAUUCGGCCACUCGCUGGGUCUGUCCCACUCGUCGGUUCCCGGGUCACUGAUGUACCCCUACUACCAGGGAGUCAAGGAGGACUUCCAGCUACCUUACGACGACAAAGUGGGCAUCCAGAGGCUCUACGGUGCCAAGUACCCGACCAAAUGGGCGUCCAUGCAGCCCAUCAUCCCGCGGACGACGACUCCGUCCCCAGCGGGACGGGGGCCACAUGGACGACAGCCGGUCGCUGGCGGCGGAGGAGGACAGCCCCGGGGAGGACAGCCCCGAGGAGGUCAGCCCCAGCAGCCACCGGCGCCAAGGCCACCCCAGCAGCCUCCGCCGCAGACGCCGGUGGACGACGGGAAACCCGACGGCUGCAGUACUUCCAUCGACGCCAUCGCCGUCAUUCGACGCGAGCUGUUCGUCUUCAAAGGAAAGUACUUCUGGCGUAUCAACGAGCAGGGCCUCAAAGAAGGCUACCCCGUGGAGAUCAGUCUCUUCUGGUUCGACCUGCCUCCUAACUUCGAGAAGAUCGAUGCCGUCUACGAGAGGCCCGACCAAAAGAUAGCCUUCUUCAUAGGUCGCCAAUACUGGCUGUUCAGCAGCAACCGUCCCUUGCCUGGCUACCCUCGGCCACUGACCAACUUAGGCCUCCCAGCCAGCUUGACGCAUGUGGAUGCAGCCAUGGUGUGGGGACACAACGGGAAGACGUACUUCUUUAGCGGCGACCAGUACUGGCGCUAUGACGAGUUCGACCGCAGCGUCGAGUUCGACUACCCACGACAUAUACGCAUGUGGAGGGGUGUGCCACACGGCGUCGAUGCUGCUUUCCAGCACACUGACGGCCAGACAUACUUCUUCAAGGGACAGAAGUUCUGGCGGUUCAAUGACCGUCGCAUGCACAUAUACAACAGGACGCAACACGUCGGCGAGUGGUUUGGCUGUCCCGUGGCCAAGGCCUCUUAUGCAGAUGAGCACAGUGCCCUGAGCAGCAAUGCGGUGUUUACACUGGUCUCAACCCCUCUUCUUAUACUCGUUACUGCCCUCACAUUGGCCCUUGGGCAAAGAUCUUGAUCAUGACCACUAGUUAUAAGGGUCUGGAUAUAACUAAUGGCACCCUCUUGACAUGGUGGACAAUGAGGGUAGUGUGUCAGCAUUCUUCUGGUGUAGGUGCUGGCUGCAGCCAUGGUGAAAGCAAAUAUGCACAGGUACAGCUGCUAGCUCUACUUGAUUCUUUUGUGCAAGUGGUUUCCAGCUGGGCAAAGGAACUCUUGAUCAUCUGUACUCAAUUUUCGUGAAGGGCUUAGAAUUCGUUUAACUGUUACAGUUGCACCAGCUGAGAGAAAAAAAAAUCCAACUAAGAGUGUAUGCACGUACGGAAUGUUUGCGAAUCCUUGUCAAAUACUCUACAAAAUCUUGUAGAAGAUGCUAUAUCAGUAGCGACAAAAAUUGAUAAAACAAGGCUUACACAGCUGGCACCUCACAAUAUACACACGAUGCAUUUUCAUAUGCAAGGUACUUGUGUGAUGAGCCUGCGAUUGCCUACUCUGUUCUUGAUGCAAAAGCACUGGAGCGAAUCUUAAUGACUUCCCGUUUCUUAUAAGGGCUACCUCAUUAAAGACUGCCACUAAACAAUGCACACAUCGACAAUGUGCCUGCCCUCUACACAGGAGAGUAAAAAUUUUCGUCUAUCUCCACUGAUGUAAUUGGUAGACUAGUAUAUUCAGUGUGUGUGCAUCAAAUACUCAUUACCAUUUGCUUCACCAUUCUCACUCUAGCAGAAGGUCUGGGAAAUUAAAAAAGGAAGUAUUGCAACCAUCUUGAUAUAAUCUAAGCCAGAUGAGAAAAUGUCAAGCACGAGAGUACGGUCUCAUGAGUGCCCCUAAGCCCUGAAUGAAUAAAGUAAAAUAGAUCUUUGUCUUUAUGAGCACCACAGCUCCUAGCCAAAUGUAGGUCACAUUUUGAAUGAAGCCGUUUAGAUAGUUUAAUUACUUCUUAGAAUUCAUCGUCAUUGUUUCAGUGUGCCUUUGCUUCAAGAUAGCAUCAUCAGGAGUGCGGCGGCUGUAAAUGCCUGUUGCGAUGCACUUUUGUGCUACGAGACGUUCCAAGUGCGUUGUUUCCAGUGUGAUAUAAGAAAUGUGUGCCAUUUGCAUUAUUUAUUUCAUUCAGCUGUGUUUUUCAAUCUUUUCAUGUCUACUGAUGUGAUGCUUUUUCAUGUAUUUUGGUAAUCAAUAUUGCUUUUUAUAAUAUGUAAAGCUACUAUUUUGCACAUAAACUGCAGAAAAUACUUUUGAGUAGACAUGGUAAAUUAUAACAUGCAACAGUUGGGAUGAACGAUGGACACAACGUUGUCAACUCAGGAAUACUGCAAGAGCCAGUGUUAGCACUAUGCAGUUAUCCUAAGUUACAACAAAAUGCUCAUGAUUACGAUGAACGCCUUCAAGUUGGACAUCAUGCUCUUUGAACAGAAAUGCAACUAAACGAAAACGGGCCUUUUCGGAAAUAUUCAAUGGCUAAAACGGAAACUUGUUUUUGUAAUUGACAGUCCAGUAGGAUGACGCCGAAACGUUUUUAGGCUCAAUUGUGUGACACUACUACAGUUAAACUGUUCAAAUACAGAUCAUUAAUAGGAGCAACUUAUUUUUACAUAUUUGAUAUCAAAUGCAGACCACUAGACACGCAGUUGUGGAAAGCUCGUAUGUGCCAUUUCAUACAGAGAAAGACAGCUGAAUGUUCUACAUUCACCUUAAUGCAUCUAAGCAUAAACAAUGUAAAAACUCAUACUGAUAUGAGGUACAGUGCGGUACCUCUGUGAUAAAAGGUCAAUAUUUUUCAGAUAUAUAAUAUUGAAAGGCCAGAAAUGUCCCAAGAAAAAUUUUGCCUGUGGUGCAAACUGAAUAGUGCUGAAAUAUGUAAACACAAUCAGCGACAAUAUUAGAUGAGCUAGUUAGGGCUACUUGAAGAGAUAAUAUGAUUAAGGUGACCUAGUUAGCACACACCACAACAAUAAGUGCACCUUUCUGUGCACCAUCACUCAUAAUCUUGUCCUAUUUUUAACAUGUUCGCUUUUAGAAAAUGCACCAGCACUGAACCUUUGCUCAUUUACCUGGACUAGGAUACUUAAUGGGUGCAAUGUGCUUGUAAUGACUGUCCUAAGAUUGUCCUGCAACGCACAUUAACUGUCUAGAUAUCACAACACAUGAGACUCCAAACACAUUCUGGUAGAAGCUUGCUCCUUGAUACUACACACAAGCACUCUAGUGUAGUUAGUGAAAACACAUCUACCACUUCAAAGAUAAAAACCAACCUCAUAAUAGAGCUAUGGAGGUAAUUCAUACACUACCGAUGCUGUCUCAGGAUGGACUGCCUUCUAACAAGACCCUGAAGCACUUUUCCAAGUAAAUGAUCAGUUGACCUCAUUAUCAAAGUUUAUUGCCUCACAAAUUGAACAUUAAAAAAUUUUUUUCAGAUCUAUCAAGUGUAAGUGGAGAUGCAGGGAUUGGUUGGACCCUUUAAGUGCUUUCUCUCUUUUUUUUAUCUUGAUGAGCAAUCUGAAGGCUAGGCAGGGCGGGAUGAUAAGGGAGGGAAAAGCUACUAUGUCGUGUGCAUUUUUACAUGUGAUCACUCACUUAUUAUGCGAUUCUGAUGCACACUAGUGUUGCUAAUGUGUAAUUUUAGCGCACUGUAGAGCCUGGUGCCCGGCAAGUGAUGCCACCCCAUGGCAACAAGCCCUCCAAGAGAGAGCAUGGGCCUCUGUAAGAAGAGAGGGCACUUGAGAAAGGGUCAACUUUGUGCUCUGCUCACAAACAAACGCUUCUUGCCAUACACGGCUGCAAGAUUUGACUGAGCUGUUUACAGCAGCAUCUGCUUUCCGCUGUAUGAAUUUUUUUACCAACCAAGAGGGGUGGUAGAGGAACCAUUCAAGUGGCCCCAGCUGCUUCAUUUAUGCAAAACUUCAUGGGAUAUGGUCAUGAGAAGCAAGCACACCAAACAUCAAUGUGUUUUGUGCAAGCACUUUUAAUGUCUACUAAAUGGCCUCUUUCCUCUAACCUUGUUUUGAGUUUAUUUGCGAAAGUGCACGAUGCACAAGAUGCCGAAGUACUACAUGCGUGUUAGCCAACAUUUAUGGUGUUUGCAUUCCACUGUUGUGCUUGCAAAAUAGAAUAAUAGAUGCAUCUCCUGUAUGGUGCCAUUUCACAAUGCUGCAGUGCCUCAGUGCUUUAUGCCUUGCAAUUGCUACCCGUCCUAAACUUUUGCGCCAUGUGUGAAACUAGUAGAAAAACUGUUUUGGUGAUAUGUCAAUAUGGUCAGUGCAGUGUAUCCUACGUGCUUGGCUGCCAAAAAUGAUAUUUUAUAUCUUCUAGAUUAACUGAACAUAGGCAAUGGUGUAUUCGUGUUGUGACAUCUUAGAUCGUCGGCACGAGCACUACGAAGCCUUCUUUAAUGAUUGUUUCACCAAACUUUUAAAAAUUAACGCAUUAACUACCACAGCUUCAAAAUAAGGGUGCCUCACUCGUGCUGUUACUGGACUGCUUGGCCUUCUUGCUACACGCUUUUAGGAUAUAUCUUGUUUAUUCUGCAUUGUCAGAUAUGUUAUGCACAUCCAAAAAUGUGUGUUGUUUUAGGCACUUUUUAUACGUGUGUGUACAUUUAGUUUCAUUUAUUACAAUAUAUACAACAUUUUUGUAAAUAAGUCGUGUGUAUAUACAUUUUAUUUUGAUGAUUAAAAGAGUAUGAAUCGUUUGCCUAAAAAAUUUUGAACGAAUCAUAGCAAAUGCACAAGAAGAUAUAAAAUGACAGCAUGAAACCAAGAAGACAAAGUGUGAGCGAUGCUACCUUUUCUAGUCAGCCAAUUUUACAGGCAGUCAGUGAAGUGACCAUGAAACAAGAGGAGCUGAAGUAACUGUAUGAACCCAGGGAAGGGUGGUCAAUUGCUCAUAUGAAGCCAUGAAAACGUAACGUUACACCAUAGCUACUGGGAACAAUUUGGAGAGCAGGCUACACAGCUGAAGAUGUGCCAUUGUAAUGCCCUAAAUUAUCACUCUGUUUGGUACAUUUUUUCAGGGACCAAGGUAGCCUCCCUUAUUUCAUACUUGUGGACAAAACAGUGCUCAUUCAGAGCACAAUAUUAGGUAUGUUAUGGUUUGUAAUGUUAGACACUAAGGAAAGAACUUACGAGGAUAAAAAGUCACACUUAUGGCUUUAUGAGAGUAUCCCUUGUUUCGUGGCUGCAAACUAGGAAAGUAAACAAACACAACUCUUUUUCUUUAAGAGCUGUAAAACUGUACAACAUUUAUUGCCUUUGAUGAUCAGACAAUUUAGUAGACAAAUCGAGGUUAAGAUAAUAUUUAUGGCUCAUAGAUCCGUCGCUAACAGUAUGAAUAUUCGUGCACAUGCACAGAAUGCUUUGAUUUUGGCUUAUAAGGCACGGAGAAUCUGAAAAUCAAUGCAUUAAAGACUAAACAUACAGCAGUCGCAUGACAACUUAAAGUUUUUAGGAAGCUCCUUCACUUUUGAAUUUGAGGCAGUCUUGAAAAAAAGAAAAAAAAAAUUAUGUGCCACUAUGAACACAAACAUCUUUCUAUUUGAAUACAAAAAUUUACUCUAGGGUACACUAAAGGAAAAUACUAUUUUAUGUCAGAGUGACAGGUCAAUGUCACAGAACCUCUAGAGUUUUCAUAAUGUGCUCAACAGUGUUUUAGUAAUAGAGAAAUCAAGAAAAAUGGAGGACACAAUUUAUGCUGUACGUGGAUUCCUGUUGUUAGUCAAUGGACAGGAUAAAGUAACAUGGUUGACUGAACACAGGGCAGACACUUUGAAAAAUGCAAAGUUCAAGACUCAUCUUAAGUUCACAUUUGUAGUACAUUAAAAAAAAAUGCUACCAAGAUAACUAGGAAACAAAACGCCAACAGCCCGCUUAGGUCAACUGCUGUGCACCACUGCAGAGAAACAAAUGGUUGUGGAAUUUCUUUUUCAAUGAUGUAUGCUUUGCAUAUGCUACGAACAAACAGAUAUGAUGUGCCUUUUAUAUUUUAACCAAGCAACUUAUGAAUGUGUCUUCAUCUUGUGAAACGGUUUAUUCCUUGCAGAUUUGUAUUGGAAACUUGUGCAUUGUGAGAAAUAAAAAAAAAAGAAAAACUCA